AUGAAGAAACUAUAUUACACGCUCGAAAAUGGUAAAUUAGGAAUAUUUGAAAGCCCUACUGGAACAGGAAAAUCAAUGAGCAUAAUUUGCGGAGCAAUAAAAUGGUUGAAAGAUAGACAAACCGCUGAAAAAACCGAUAUAAUUGAACAAUGUUCGAAAUUACAACAACAGAAACUAAAUAUACCCGAAUCGACUGAUUGGAUAUCCAUGCAAUCACAAAAGUUUAAAAUAGACUCGGAAAUAAUGAAAUUAAAGCAACAAGAAAGCAAAAUUCAACAGUAUGAAGUAAAAAUUCAAAAUAUCAAGAAACUUAAAGAUAAUCGCUUAAAAACUAAAUUGAAAUACUCAAAUAAAACCAAAAAUAUCGAGACUGAGGACAUAAACAACGAACCCUCCGAUACCGAAGAUGAUCUCUUACUCAACGAGGCGGCCAGCAAAGACGAAACUAAUUCAUCAGAAGAUGAAAACGAAGAUGAAUCAUCCGUUUACGAACCAAUAAAAAUAUACAUUUGCAGUAGAACACACUCCCAAUUGGAACAAUUUCUGGGGGAAAUACGUAAAUCCCCAUUUAAUAACAACAUCAGAGUUGCAUCGUUAGCAUCGAGACAAACCUAUUGCGUAAAUCCAAGUGUAUCCCGGUUAAAAAACAUAUCUCUAAUCAACGAAAGAUGCUUAUAUAUGCAGAAAAAAGAACCGAAACCCAAAAGAACAGAAGACGGUAAAGUAUUAAAGAAAGCGAAAGGCUCGUGCACCUGCCCUUACUACAAAAAAUCAACCAUAGAAGAACUAUCUAAUUACACUCUAACGGAAAUCUUAGACAUAGAAGAUCUCACUCAAUUAGGCAGUACACUCGAAGCUUGUCCCUAUUACUCCUCUCGGAAAGCAGCUGAAGAUGCCGAAAUUGUCCUGGUACCCUACAACACGAUCCUCCACAAGCACACUAGAGAAGCCAACGGAAUCAAAUUAAACGGCAAUAUAGUGAUAAUAGACGAGGCGCACAAUCUACUAGAAUCGUUAACUCAAAUGUACAACACCGAACUGUAUUACAGCCAAGUUUAUCACGCGUCGAAACAAUUAAAAGCCUACAGGGACAAAUUCAAGUCGAGGUUUUCUUCGGAUAAUUUACUUCGCAUUAAUCAAGUCAUAUACGUCGUGAAUAAAUUACUGAAUAUGUUAGAAAGAAACUCGGCCGAUGGAGUGGAAGUAUUAACGAUAUCCUCGUUCGUAGUAAACGCUGAAAUCGAUCUACACAACAUGUUUGAACUGUCGAAAUUCUGCAAGGAUUCCCGUUUAGCACAGAAAACGAGAAGUUAUGUAAUGAAAUACCCGAUAACGGAACCGAAACCCGAACAAAAAUCCGGUUUAGAAGGCGUUAGAGCGUUUUUAGGUUCAAUAAAAUCGAAUAAAGAUAAAACCCCAACGCCUCAAAACCCCAAAGAAACUCCUAAACCUGUAGACGUGAUACCUCCCGUCACCAACCCAUUAUUACCUGUGAUAUCAUUUUUCGAUUGCCUGGCAUGCCUGUACGAAGACGGUAGAGUAAUAAUCACAAAAUCUAGCGUCAAAACCGAUCGUAAAUUCCAGUUUUUACUGCUAAAACCUUCCCAGAGGUUCAAAGACAUCGUCCAACAAGGUACAAUUAAGUUUAAUUCCCUAAUAUCCUUUGUAAUAUAUAAUUUUCCAGCACGAUCCGUAAUAGUAGCCGGAGGCACGAUGUCCCCAAUGAACGAGUUCAAAAACAGGCUGUUCAUAAACGCCGGAGCCCCGGCAGAUAGAAUAGUGGAAUUCGCCUGCGAUCACAUCAUACCCCCGCAAAAUAUACUACCGAUUAUCGUCAACAAAGGGGCCAAAAACGAGGGGCUUUUGUUCAAUUUCGAACAACGAUUAACUCUAAUAAAUAGCAUAAAAAAUAUCUUAAUGGACGUUUGUAAGACAGUUCCCGGUGGUGUAGUGGUUUUUUUCCCGUCCUACGACUACGAAAAUAAAGUGUACCAGCAACUACAAGGCGUCGAUUUCGGUAGGGAACUGUUUAGGGAACCUAAAGUGUCCUCGAAAGUCGACUCCCUGCUCGAAAAAUACGCUAGUACAAUUAAAAAACCCGGUAGUAAAGGAGCUCUGCUCUUUAGCGUCGUCGGAGGGAAACUAAGCGAAGGGCUCAAUUUCAGCGACGAGCUUGGACGAUGCGUUAUAGUUAUCGGUAUGCCCUAUUCAAACAUUGGCGCUGUAGAUUUGAAGGAAAAGAUGAGUUAUUUGGACAAGACCGAGGGAAUCGGAGCUGGUAAUAAGUUCUACGAAAAUCAGUGCAUGAAAGCGGUAAAUCAAUGCAUCGGCAGAGCGGUCAGACACAGAGGGGAUUAUGCAGCUAUGGUUUUGUUCGAUCAAAGAUACGCGAGAGAAAGUACUAGAAGUGCCCUGCCUAAAUGGAUACAAAAAUCGUUGAAAGUCGCCGGUCAUAUCGAAGCUAUCGGUUUAAUGGAAAAGUUUUUUCAAGCUAAGCAAGAAGAUUAA